UUUCAUACAAUAACGACUAUGAUAGUGAUACUAAUAUGCAGCUAUUAGGUAUCAGGAGUGAUAAGUUUUACUUACAAACGUCUGAGAAAUAUAAGAGAUCUCUGUAACAAUAACAUGCCAGUGAAGUCCGUCAGCUCCAAAUAGAUUUCUUCAUACUUUGAAGGGGAAAAACUUGUUCAUUCUUCGAAAGUGGAAUUGAUCAGGCUGCGAAAAAGGACUUGUUCGAACAAUACACGAAAAGCUGUAAAUUAAUUAUCUGGUGCCGUCGAUGAAACGAAGGUGACUUCCGUCAAACAGAUGAGAGACUCUGAAGUAAUUUAGAGGAACACAAAGAAAUCAAGAAAGUGUGUGAAUACGCCAAUCUACAAAAUCGUGAAAUCUGUGUCAAUUUGGAUGAAGUAGAGUUUGGAGUCAUUAUCCGAGCAGUCCAGGGACAGAGCAUAAAAUGAUGAGGGAUAUUUUGCCUUUAUUCAAUACAUCAUUGUUUAAAUACGCCCAGCACAUUGUUGUGUUUGCUAUCAUCACAAGUCUGCAUGUAAAUAUCAUCAAUGGGAGUGAGUGUGUGAAGCACGGAAAACGAGGCGAGUGCUGCACAAAUUUUAACCAUCACAAUGGUGGAUGCAUUCCCUGCCGUACAGGUUCCUAUGGAGAUAACUGUUCCACUACUUGUCCAUACCCGUCGUGGGGGGAGAGCUGUCGUUUCCAGUGUAAUUGUAGUGCGGAUGAAGUGUGUAGUCCCCAUAUAGGGUGUGUCAAAACAAGUACCGCGUCCACUUCUACAACAAGUACCGAAGCAGGAAACGACAUGAAGUCAAUUGAAAAAUCCCCAAAAGUCGAAACAAAAUCAACGAGAAAUCCUUACAGUUCAAAAGUAGACGAAGUAUAUCCUGUUCCUACGGAUAUCAGUCCUACCUUAGCAGUCGUAUCCAAGGAAACAUAUUAUGUGACUUCUACGUCAGCUUCUGGAGGUAACUCACAAACCUUGCAGGUCAUCAUAAUCACAGGAUCUGUAUUAUCUUUAUUUCUGAUCAUAAUAAUAAUUAACCAGAUUUAUGGAAAACUGAAAAAGCGUAGGAAAAACAUUUCUGCAAGCAAAAAGUCUAAGCCAUCGGCUACAAACGAAGCAGAGGAAGAGCUUUAUGUAGAAAUAAACGAGUCUGGUAUGCUGGAAAAUAUUUCAACAUACGACAAAAUCGAGUCGCAACCGUCAAUAAAACAACAAAGCUCAAACGGAGAUGUUUCAAAAAUGGAAAUCAGUAAUGAAACAAAACCAAUGCUUCCAAAAUUAAUAAAUGAAGUCAUUGGUACAGAAUCAGACAAGAAGAUGAGAGUUGUGUCUGCCACUCUUAAUGAAUCCCCGGAUAAUUCUUACCUGAAACCAGUAUGUAUGUUAAACACGUAUAUAGACGUGAUAGGUUCGCCACCAAAAGGGGUCUCAGAAAGCGGAAGUCGGACCGAGUGUCAGACCUUUGAAGUGGAAAGUCCAUCGAUCUGUCAAAGCGAGCUAACCAGUCAAAUGGACACAUAUUUUGAAGUUGUCAUUGAGUAGAGACCAUUCAUAUAUGUAUUUUGUUUUUAAUCUUGUAUGACAAAUAUUUGUAAAAACUGAUGUGGAUAAGCAUCUACUAAUACAGAGUAAACGUAACUUUCAACGAUAAAAACAAGAUAAAUCUUGUGAUUGUAUUAUCUGAAACUGUCACCUAUUUGAUUUACAUUUUAUAUCACUUAGACUAUAAUAACGCUCUUACAAUAGGGAAAUUCCACCGAGGGGACAAGAUUCCCAGUCUAGGACGAGGCUUUUCCGAGUUCUAGAUAGCGAAUCUUGUUCCAGAGGUGGGAUUUCCCUAUCCCACACGAGUAGAUAAUGAAGGAUUAUUUUUCUCACAUAUUACCUACAGUUUAGUACAUAAAUUUAGAAGCUUUGAGAAAAUUAAAGAUUAUCAAAAUCCUCAUUUGAACUUCAAUGUAAAAACUAAUUAGAUAGGCAGAAAGAGCAUGUCCGAAAAUGGUUUACACUAAAAGUGUAAACUAAAAAACCCAAGGUUGUCCACCAGAAAGUAUACUGCAUUAAAAUUUAAAUAAAAUAAUGCAAAAUAUUUUUAUUUCACAAUGUAACGUAAAUCUUCACCGUGUAACGUAAAUGAUAGUAAAUAUAUGACGUCACAAUCAAAUGACGUUGCAGCAGUGUGAGAUAGAAAAAUCUCACAUGGCUGUCUCACAUGGGUAAAGUCGAUAAAGUCGAUAAAACGCUGGUGUUAAUGUGUGAAAAAGUGGUCUUUAAGUUUUCUUUCUACACAAACUGUUUAGGUUUUGUAAAUUCCAGUUCUUAAAGAGAAUGAGAAAAUCCCUAAUCUGUCAAACAAAGUACUUAUUUUCUCAAAACUUCUUAUAAAAGUCAACUUCCCAUAUUCCCAUUUCUGCGUACAAAUCGGCUUUCCCUGAAUACAAGACUUUUAUCUCUUGGAGGUUUUGCAGUCAGCAAAACCAAUACCUCCUCUCAACCACGUAUCAGCAUUUAGCACACACUGUUUCCUAAAGAAUCUGGCAGCUUGAUCUGCUCGAACACUUGUAUAUUCCUCAAGCUUUAGUUUUCACCUAGAAGGUUACCAAGACAUUACGCAACAUUUCAUUAUCAAAAAAAUGUUAUCAGGUUUAAGCCUUCGUCGGAGUCCAGACUUCCAAUAACGCCGCCUAUUGUAAUUCAACUUGUGAAGGCCCUAAAUCACACCACCUCAUCAACUUUCCUUACACACCUUUUAAGAGCCAUGUUCAUUUUUAGCAUUUUCCGCUUUCUUGUGGAUUCGGGAAAUCACCUAGACACCCGGCCUAAACCAGCAUUUUCUGUUGGUUAGAAAUAUUUCAUUCCAAAAUGGACCCGACCAGCAACAAGUUAUUGACAUCAAUAUUCCACAUUUCAAAAAUUCAAAGGCAAAUGUUGCUACUCUUAGGUUUCACUAAAGUGCUAAACAACCAAUUAUUUGCCCCUGUGCUACGCUUAAUCAGUGCUUUGGAAUCAUCAUUGUUCGUGGUGGAUUAAUGUUCGUGGUUUUCGUGGGUCACUCUUACCCACGAAUUUACGUGUCCUCGAACAUUUUUUAAAAGCAAGUAGAUUUAUCCACGAAAUUACGUCCCCACGAACCAGCAAAAUUUUACUUACCCACAAACAUUGGUCCCCACGAAUUAAAAUGAUUCCACAGUAUUUGAAAUUAUAAAACAUUCUUCUCAGUCUGAACGACUUUUUCCUUUCAUGUACUGCUUCUUAGUUUCAAAACAUUUCGUUACACAGCAUCUUCGUUCCGCUCUGGCAUUCUGUAAUCUUGACUUGCAGUGUUAUCAAACGCAUAGCUUUAGUAUAGGAGCAGCAACUACCGUUGCAGCAUCUGGGUUCUCUAAUCUUGAGAUACAAAACAUGGGUAGAUGGAAUUCAACUUCGCUCAAUAAAUACAUCCGUAUUCCUACUCUUAAUGUGUGAACAUUCGCUAUUUGAUCAUUAAGUCAUGCAGACAGGGGCUAUAUGUCGUGAUUGAGUCAUACAGGAGCUGCUAACCCAAAACAAUGGACAAUAUCAUCAAUUACCAAUUGGUCACAUUUAAUUGAAUGUUUCUGUUAUGGGAUGUGUAGACAGAGGCUGCACAUUCUGGAAUGUGAACCAUUCAGUCAGGGACUGAGGUUUCCUUAGUGCAGGGUGUGAACUUCAGCAGUUAGGGGCUGCGAUCGCUAUACAGGUUUCUAGCUUUUAUUUUCUUUAGUAUUACUUUGUUUAUAUCCUGUUCGUUGUUUUCUUUCCUUAAGUUACCUAUGUUUAUUUUAUGGGGUGUUAACAAGGUAGCCCAAAUUUUAUGGGGAGCAGUGGCAUAACAAAUCUUCCUACCUUGUUAAUCUGGCGAGGUAACGCCCAAUACUAGGAUUUUUUAUUAAAUGGUCUCAAUUUUCUAGUCAAAUGUACUAGUACCAGUAUGUUUUGGUAAAACACAAAUCACGAAACGUUGUACAUAUGUUACCGAUUUAGUGCAUAAUGUAACUCUAUUUAAUUAUUUGGAGUUUUUUCCUGGUUGCGUGUUUUAUUCAUUGCACAUUGUUUUCAUAUUCUAGGCAGCUGUUUUUAUGCGUGUUUAUUCGUUGUCAUUUAUACUUAAUGAAUGACGUAUUUUAUAUUUUCACUUUUUCCUUACCAACUUGAAAUGUAAUAUACACAAAGAAUAAAAUGAGCAUGCACAGUCAUGACAUGUACGUGAAGGCUAAACUUCACAUAAAGCAACCACAUAAACAAUUUAUUGUCAUGAAUUAGUUACUGCUACAUUAUUAUGGGAAGUUGACGAUGGAGAAUGUUGAAGUAUUCUUCUAUUAAUUGCUCGUCGUAAUCAGCUGGACAGUUAAUAUCAAUGGAGCUUGUCAUCACGGGUUCGUGUGAGGAAAUUAUGGUUUCUUUUUUUUCAAAUUAUAUCACCCGAAUGAACUUUUUUCCUUUGUUUUCCAUAUAAAUCGAUAUUGCUGCAAUGUUAUAAUUCAAACUAUCUAUGAAAUGUGUCUUGCAAAUUGUUUAUUGGGUGUAUAUAUAUGUUCACAUUUAACUAUCUACAGGUAAUUGGUAUAGCAACUUUGUACAACGAUGCAGUUUCCUUACUACAUUGGAGGAAAUUGUAGUAUUAAAAGAUGGUCACACUUUUAGAAUUUUUCUUACAUUCACGAAGUAAUAAACGGUUUUAAAAUGGUUAUUAAACAAACUUGGUGCUUUUUAAACUUUUUCAACUACUUCCGGUAUCUGAAAGUAGAACAAAGUAUUUAGCAUGAUUACCAACUUCGAAAAUGCGAUGAAACAGGAAUCAGUAAUUCUCGGCUGUUCUCUUGAAAAUAGCAUCCACAUCGUGUCUUCCCUCCCAAUACCACUCAUAUCUUUCAGACACUUGACAAUUCCAUUUUGGUAGACGUACAAUAUGGCUUGUUCAGAGAGUCUGAAAAUCCCAUCAACAAUG